AAUCCCCGAGCCGCCGCCACUCCCAUCGCGCCCGCCCCCGCCUCCCGUCUCCUCCGCCGUCGCACGCCCCCGACCCCGCCCCCCCUCUCCUCCGCCGUCGCGCGCCCCCGCCCCCGCCUCGGAGGGAGUUGGAGACACCAUGGGGAUGGGGGGCGAACCCAGGGUUUGCUAUCUGACAGGGUCGAUGGAAGCCCUCAUCGACAAGCUCACCGGGCUGGAGGAUCGUCCCGCCCUAGUCGAGGAGCUGCUGCGAGAGCUGGUGCUUCUCAAGGAGGGUUUCUGCGACAAGCUUGCCUUGAACGGCCGCUGGGAGACGGUUGCGCAAGCCAGGGUGUGGAUGAAGCACGUCAGGGAGCUGGUCUUCGAUAUCCAAGACUGGGUCGAUGAGAAGCCGGAGAUCACAGUGGCCGAUCCGUCGCGGAGAGAAGAAGUCGCUUCCUUCAAGACCCGGAUUCAGGAAGCGCGCGAGCGCUGCACAAGGUACCGUCUUCUCAGGGAAGGCCUAGAUCAUUCAGAUGCUUCGACUGAAGACCACUUGUCCAAGCUGAUCCAAGAUCUGGACAGCCUUAAAAAGGAUAUCCUAGAGUUGGAGGAAGAACAGCAGGGACAUUCGCAGGUUGGAGCGUGGCACCUCCAAGCCCGGGAGCUGGUGCACACCGUAACAGAGUGGAUCGAUGACAACCCAGCAAACGACGACAUGGGGAGAAUAGUAACCCGGCAUUUCAAGACCCAGAUCCAAAGAGAGCGUGCGCUCCGCUGCGCAAGCUGCAGGCUUCCUGCCAUGCUAGUCGAACCGCAAGGCCACCUUGAUCGUUCGCAUCAUUUGGUGGAUGGAGACGCGAUAGGCAAGUUUGUUGAGCAUCUGGCGAACGAGCGGGACAGGUUUCGCAAGGUGGUUUCCAUCGUUGGAAAGGAAGGUAUCGGUAAGACCACUCUUGCCAAGGAGGCAUAUGCAAAGCUUGGAGGCAAGUUUCAGUGCCGAGCUUUCGUCACUGCUGGCCAGAGUCGAUCUAUCAAGGCCAUCCUGUUGGAUAUAUUUCGUCAAGUAAAGCCUCAGGCCACUAUCUCUGAUGAUUGGACAGGACCUCCGGAUGCACGACAAGUCAUCACCAAGCUCAGGAAUCACCUUGGCAUGAUGAGGUAUUUCAUCUUGAUUGAUGACAUCCGGAGCACCUAUGCUUGGAAGGUUAUUAGUUCUGCCUUGCCUGAUAAGAAUCAUGGAAGUAGGGUAUUGACAACCACUUGCAGUGUCGAAGUAGCCAAUACUUGUUCUUUGUGCCCUACUGACGUCGUCCAGGAGAUGCUUGGUCUUCGAUUGGGAGCUUCCGUGAGUUUAUUUGAUAGAGAGGCACAAAGAGCUUCCAGGAGUUUAUUUGAUACAGAGGAAGAAAUGACGGUUAACAAUGAGAUAUUGAGAAUUUGUAGCGGCAUGCCUUUGGCCAUAACUGUUGCAGCCGGCUUAUUAUCCAGAUUUCCAGUAUUGGAAGAGCCAGAGAUUCUGCAGAAGUAUAUUCUUUCAGCAUUGGAACAAUUUUCCACGUCAGAAGAGAUGAAAAUUGUAUUGCAUAUCAGUUGUGCUGCUCUACCUGCUCCGGUAAAGUCUUGCUUUCUGUACCUCAGUAUUUUUCCAGAACAUUAUACCAUCAAGAAGGAUCAUCUGAUACGGCUAUGGAUAGCCGAAGGAUUUAUCUCAAGGAGGUAUAAAGAAAGAAGAGAUGGGGAAAUAGUAGAUGAAGCAGGAAUAUGGGAAGAAAGCAUGUGGGGGAGAGGGAAGAGGUACUUCAACGAGCUUAUUAGUAGAGGACUGAUUCAGCCGGUGUUUGGCUUUGAAGAUGACCAAGCAGUUGGGUGCACUGUUCAUGGUGUGAUUCUUGAUUUCAUCCGAUCUAUGUCAAGCAAAGAGAACUUUGUUACGGUGGGUGCAGAUUUGGGUUCUGGGCCAUUACCUCGUAUCAUAGAUGCAAUUCGGCGAUUCUCGCUUGACUGUCGUGACAAUGGAGACAAUGCUGACACCUUGGCCUCAAGAACCCCGUGCCUCUCUAGCAUGCGAUCCCUUGCAGUUUUCGGGGAUACUGAAUGGACACCCGUCCCCACUGAUUUUGAGGAUUCUGAAGUGAAGCCUGACCUGGGGAAUACAGAAGUGGUCUCUGUACUUAACUCCUUCACAUUUUUACGUGUACUUGAUCUGGAAGAUACUGGUAAUUGCAGGAGCCACCAUCUGAAAGGCAUAGGAGGAUUGAUUCUAUUGAGAUAUAUGCGACUUGGAGGGGCUGGCAUCCAUGAGCUACCAGAAGAAAUAGGAAAACUGGAGCACUUGGAGACGCUAGAUGUGAGGCGGACCAACCUGAAAACUCUACCCGCAUCUAUAGUUGGAUUAAAAAUGUUGGUGAAUCUACUCAUUGACAGUGCUGUGGAGUUGUCGAGCAAUAUCCUUGAAAUGCAAGGACUGGAAGAAGUAUCAGUCAUUGGUGUCAGUAGCAGCAAGUCACUCUAUGAGGUGAUAGGUCUAUUGCGUGGAUCGCAGAGGCUGAGGGUCCUCGGUCUGAGCUUGGAUCGAUUAGGCCAAUCUGGUGACAGUAAAAGAGCCAUCUUUUCUUUUUUCAUGGAAGUUGCAAACUCCACUCUUGAGUCUCUAUCUCUUCAUUGUAUUCAUGGUGGCUUGCAUGGACAGUUGCCUGUAUCAUAUAAAAAUCAGAUGCGAAGAUUUGAGAUGGUAUUUACUGGUCCAAGAAGAGAUGUACCAUGGAUGGCAUCUCAUGCCACCCAUUUGGAAAUUGAACUCUGUGAUUUAAAAGAAGAAGCUAUACGUCUCCUGGGGAUGGCAUCUCAUCUACGCUUUCUCAAGUUAGUAUCUUCAGGAAAUGGAGGAAGAAGAAAACCAAGGACAAUACGCUGCUUGUCAGAGGAAGCCUUUCCGUGUCUUCAGGUGUUAUGGUUCGCCUGCAAAGAUGGCGGGACACAGCUGGUAUUCGAACCAUUAGUCAUGAGGCAGCUCCAGAGGCUUCGACUUGACUUCAUGGCGAGGGAGAUGAUAACUAUGUGUAGAAGCGAUGGUUUUGGCAUAAAAAACCUCAGAGGAUUGGUGCAAGUACAUGUUACCAUUGAUUGCGAAGGUGCUACUGUUUCAGAAGUGGAAGACGUGGAGUCGACCAUCAGAUCAGAGGUGGACUAUGCCAGGAAAGCACAGAUGUUCACAAAAACCAAGGGAGAGGGAAAUUUUCUCCUCCAUUAUCAGGUACCGACACUAGAAAUCAGCAGAGAGCAUGAGCACAAGAUGGUCGAGUCCGAGGGUAGCAAAAAGAGGAUAGGCCCACUCAAGAAAAUGAAGAACUUGUUCACCUCCUCGGUACCCAGAAUAAAAACAGCUAGCUAGCCCAAAAUGAUGAUCCUGAAGCGUUUGUAGCCUAACAAGUGGUUCAUCUUCUGCUGGAUUGUGCAAAUCGAUGGACAUGAGGUAGAUGAAGUGGUCGCUACCUUAACGGAGCAAGUAUUGCAGAAAGGUUUUAGAGUUGUCAUUGGCACACUGGAUAAGGAUUUCAUGCAACUGAUAUCUGAAGUCAUUCAGUUAGUCAUGCCGAUUCCUGGGGUUGGUCGGUUGUCAUUUUAUCCACUGAGUGAUUAGCCCACAACAAAUUUAAGACAUAUAUGUCUUGUUUAUUAAUAUGUAAUUCUUCAGUUCUUUUGCAUUUAAGGUCUAAUGUAUCUUUUUGACUAAUGAGUUACGAGUUAUGGUGCGCAUGAUCUGGUUCCUGGUUUUAAUCGCAAAACAGCUCUGAAACUACUGAAACAAAAUAUAGGACUUUGGAGAACUUAAUUAAUACAGCUGCAAUUGAAACUGUUGGCAAGGACUAUGCCCAGGACGCACUUGUGAAGCAUGCGGAUUACUUGCGAAAAAUUAUGAAGUCGUCAGUCUGAAGAGGUGAAUUUCAAAAUAUUGCUCCAGAUUCUUUCCUCACAAGAUACGGAGAGACCUGAUAAAUGAUAGUGAUAUUCAACUGAAGAAAAGAUCUUUAUCCGAGGGUGGAGGUGGUAUUGCUGUAUUAGAAUUCAGGUUACUGCCUUUUUUUCAUCUUAAUGAUUUGUAGUUGAUUUAAACUACACCUUUUCAGUGUGUUUUUAAUGUUGUGGCCUAAACAAUAGAAACAUAGGUUGUGUUUCAUUUGCGUAUUUCUUUGGUAACUAUACAUGAUUCAUGAGAGUUUAAAGAGGAUUUCAGGGUUUAUUUGUGUUUACUAACCUUGUUGAGCAGGAUGGUAAGUUGAAAUGCUCUAGAGGCUGUUAUCAGGCAAAAACAGGCAACAGGUCACCAGGCCAGGUCACUCUGGAAUAGAUUAAAGAAAUCAUCAUAUAUUGAAUUUACAUAACCCUGUAGAGUUUAUUGGAGGAGUCAUGCACUUUAUUGGUUCCUUUUUGUUGGUAGCGUGUUUGUUCAAAUGCUGAGGCACGGAAAGUUUGCAACUGGAUCUCUGUUAUAGAAUUGUGUUAUGUGAAUGGCGCACCAACAACUCGACAAUUCAAUGUCGGUGCUCGUUAUUACUUCCUGUAAAAGGAAUGACAGCAUGUACAACUUGCUGCCUAUAGGCCGAUAUAUACAUGAAAGAGAGUGUGACAGAGAAAGAUGCACUCAUUUUUGCAUUGCAUUGCUUUGUAUUUUACAGAAAACGUGAGAUCUCAUACAAAGUUGUUCUUAUAGGCCUUAUUCGUUUAAUACGACGGUGUUUAAUGCAACAAUUGUCAGUCAGUUUUUGUUACCACCAACAACUGCCAAUCACAUCUUGUGGAGAUUGCAUAUAUGGUUAUGUUCCACUGGCAUCCUUCAGAGUUUCAUAUGCUACUUAGUAGGUUCAAGUUCUGUAGGAAAAUUACUGUGUUCCAUUCAGAACUUCGUGUUUCCAUCCAAAGAGAAUGUUUAAAAGGAGCUGUGAAGUUGUGCAUUGACGACCAUCUCAAAGGUGUCCCUCCUCCCUGUUGAUGAAACUAAACCUAGCUAAACUCUGAGGAGCAACUUAUGGCGCCCCGAGAUUCUCUCGGAUUCAGUUUUCAGGAGGUCGAUCAGAGCUUGACGCACGAAAGCUGAUGAUGGUAGCUUUGGGAAAAUUGUGCUUCUCGUGUGCUGAUAAGUAGAACUCUUCUUAUUGUAGACUAUUAAAGCGCUCAAGUUUGAUUUGUUUGCGAUUCGGUUUUUCAGCAAGAAAUUUAGUAGAAUUUGGGGCUACUUCAGGCAGGCAGUCCCAGCCCAAUUAACAACAUUGUUGCUGUUAUCCU